AUGGUCGAUGUGUUAUGGGACGAGAUUCAAAAUCUGGAGUUGGGUCAAGAUUAUCCUACUUUGUUCAUUCCCAAUGAGGCCUAUGUGAUGGUUGAAGACCGCAACAGGCUUAGUCUGAUUGCCAGACCUCUGCUUCCAAGGGUACAAAAUUUUAACGCUGUUAUUAAUGCUUUACCAAGAGCUUGGGGUCUUACUGCUCAUGUUCAUGGACGAAUCCUAGAUGCUACGUAUGUUCAACUUCUGUUUCAAACAGAGAUAUACUUGUUAUCGGUUCAAAGGAGGGAAGUAUGGUUGUUUAAUAACUGGUUUGUUGCAUCUCAAAGAUGGGAGGCUGCUCCUUCUUUGAAUUUUGUAACCACAAUUGAUCUUUGGGUUCAAAUGCGUGGCAUACCAAUUCUUUAUGUUUUUGAAAAAACAGAGCUAGAGAUUGCUCAAGAGCUUGGGGAGAUUAUAUCUUUGGACUUUCAUGAUGCCACUUCUACACAGAUUGCUUAUAUCCGAGUUAGAGUUCGUUUUGGUAUUACUGAUCGUUUAAGGUUCUUUCAGAGAAUCACCUUUGAGUCAGGAGAAACGGCUUUAAUUCGGUUUCAGUAUGAGAGACUUAGGCGCAUCUAUAGUUGUUUUAGGUUUACCCAUAACUUGAACUAUUAUCCUUAUCGCCAACGUUUUCAGAGCAUUGACAGGGAAAGAGCUGUUUUCAGAGAUAGUGUUUUGAGGUCAAGCUUUAACUCUCAAUCUCAGAUGACUGAUAGCUCUCUUCAGGUUCCUUUACAUCCACCUCCACGAGUUCCAUCCUCUGGAGAUGCGAUUACUUCUGGAAUAAUGCGAGUCUUUGAGGUGGGUGAAUCAUCAAGAGGUGUUCAAGAUGGGGAAUCUCACAAUAACAUGAAUCUUGGGGAGUCAUCUAAGAGGAAGAACUUGGUCAUUCUUCAGCGUGAUAAGGAGUCAAGACAACACAAACAACAAGAAACUGAGCAAAGAAUGGGAGGUAUUCUGAAACCUCCUAAGAAACGUUAA